CACCUUGAAAUUUCCUGUUCGUGGAAAUCACAUGCGUACUGAGGAUCGUUCGCGGGCGGUAGAAAAAACUUUUGUAAACAAGUCUUUCAAAAGUAAUGGAUGAAUUUUCAUCAAAUUUUGUUGAUGGAAUAAUUACACUCCAGGUUGGUCAUUAUUCUAACUUCAUUGGAACUCACUGGUGGAACAUACAGCAUGCCACAAGGAAGCAGCAAGCAAGCAGGGAUAAGGAAAGUCAAAUCAAACACGAGCUAUUUCUUCGAGAAGAAUUUUCUAGACGUGAAGGAGCAACUACUACCCCCCGGCUACUCUGUAUUGAUUUAAAAGGAAGCUUAAAAUCUUUAAAACAAGAUGGAAAUUUUUCAGACUCGACCAAUUCAAAUCAAACUGAUGAAAAUAGGAGUAAACAUAAUGAGGCAUCUGACACUGUUGGGUUUUCUCUUGAUUCUCCUAAUCAAAUAUCGGUUCACUAUACAGACCCUGCUGAACGACACGACAGUCUUGCACCAAAGUCACUAGCAGGAGAUCUGACAAACAAUCAACAAAGCAACAGUGGUGAUAUUGACAAUUAUUUCAACCUAGAUGAUGUUGUAGAAGUUUGGUCUGAUUUUCUUGGGAAUGAAUAUAAUCAAAAUUCUGUAUUGCUUGUUGAGGAUUACUGGCACAGUGGUGAUGGCCGAACAUUUUCUUCUUUUGGACAAGGCUAUUCAACAAGUUCAAAUGAAAAUUUCUGGGAAUCUUGGGAGGACAAAAUGCACUUUUUUGUUGAGGAAUGUGACUCUCUUCAGGGCUUUCAGGUUCUAACAGAUUUAGCUGAUGGUUUUGGAGGCUUAACAACAAGGAUGCUACACCAUAUUCAAGACUGUUUUGGAUCAAAAGCUAUUGCUGUUUAUGGAAGCUGGCCAGGAAUACCUGAUAAACAUAUUGACGAAAGCAUCCAAGUUAUCAAUUCUGCCCUUGCUCUGGCUCGCAUUUCACAGAACUGCUCAUUUUUCACCCCAUUAUCUCUUCAAAAGAAUUACUAUGGAAAGGAAUGGUUACCAAGACAAUUUCCUCAUCUGUCAUACAAGGCCAACUCACAUUACCAUACAAGUGCCAUCAUAGCAUCUCUGCUGGAUACUGUAUCAUUACAAUACAGACUAGAGCAAUCCUCAUUUGGUCAUUUCUGUAACAACUUAACAAGAACAGGACACAAAAUUGCAGCUUCAAGUCUGUCACUCCCAUUACCACUAAACUCAAACUCAUUGAAAACAUUAUUCAAAGAUUCAUCCUUGUAUGGAAAUGGCUUGCUGUGUUGUCUAACACCGUCACACAGCAGUGAGUUGUCUACUCUAUACUCUAAUCAAGUGGUACUGCGUGGGGUACCAAACUAUUGCAAAGAAUAUGACCUUAAAAAUCGAGCUAGUUUAGGUAUGACAUCAAACAAAAAUACAUUUGAAGCUUUUGUAUAUGAAAAACAUGAAGCUCUUGUAACUGGGACUACAUUUUGCACAGAGCCACUCAAGACAUCAUCUUGUUAUCCCCAAUACUUCUUACAGAGUAGUACAGGGAAGAAUACACAAGUUAAUGAAUGUCCUGUGCUAGCAGGGUUGUUCACAUCAAGUGGUAUGUUUGACCUGAUGUAUGACAUGUUGCUGUCAGUAAAACGAGUGAAGAAAUCCAAAUUGGUGUUAAUGGAACAAACAGGUUUAGAGCAAGAUGAGUUUGAAGAGAAUAUGGAAAGUUUGGCUCAAAUGGCAUAUCUUUAUGAUGAAAGAAGAGCUAUAGAUCUACUGUAACUAUAACCAGUGUAGCCACUGUAUAUAUAACAAUACAGUUAUUUAAAAAAAUGACAAGUUUCAAGGAAAAUAGUAUCCAUUUACAAGAUGUCUUCCCAGUUUUCUUCCAUAGAUGGGGGAGAAUUUAAACCCUGAAAUUUUUCAAAUUCAAAGAAAAAAAGAGAUACAUGUAUAUUAUGACCAGAUAAGAUAAUGCAUUGUUUGAGAAAAGCUUUUGGAUAUUCUACAGAAUUGGACAACAAGAUUUAAGCUGUAAAAACACGAACUUACUGAUAAAAAUAUCUGCUUUGUACAAGUGAAUGAUGGAAACAUUAUUUUGAUAUCUUUUUACAAUUUUCUUUAACAGAUCAAUUUAUUAGUACGUCCAUAUUCUUUAUAAAAUGAGUCCAACUUCUUAUCUAUCCAUGGUUCACUGCAUUCCACUGCACAUACAAAUACAAGUAGUUUGUAUCCAGAUCUGUGUGUUCUCAGUGUGAGAGAGUUUAGUUGCCCAACUUUUGGGAAAAGGAAAUACAUUGAGCGGUUGCCCUACAAUUAAAGGAAACAUAUUUUAACACACUCUAUUUGCAUGUAUUUAUAGACGGGUCACUAUUUAGAUACAUUGUCAUAAUUAAGAGCAGUAAUAGAUAAUUUUAUUUGGACACUGAGACUAGCAAUGUUGGAAAAAAGAGCCAGCAAUGGGGGAAAUUCGGGUUUUCAUUCAAAGGGGGGAGGGCUUAGACCCACAUUUUCAUAGCAAAGAGACAGCACUAACAGGAUAUUAAGAAAAGAAGCCAAAAUUUCUGAUGAGAAAUUUGAGACCUCAAGACAGCAAGUUUGCAGAUUGGUCUGAACAUUCACAUGGAAAUAUCAAUCGAUGUUGAUAAAGUUUCUGUUAGAUAUGUUUUACUAUGCAACCUUCCAGACAUAUGCAAAAACAGUUCAAAAAAUGAACAUCUCUAAUGAUUUGCAAAAAUCAGCAUGCCUAAAUUGAAUAAGAUUCUGCAAUAGGUCAAUAAUUACACAAGAAUCCAUCUGUAGCCAUUGUGUAAACAUUUAAUGUCAAAAAUUUUAAAAUCGUCCGGCAAACAAGGUCAUCUUUCUAUUUCGGUGGUUUCGAAUGUGUCUACAACAAAGGAUGGCAAACAAGGUCAUCUUUCAAUCGUCGGCCAAACAAGGUCAUCUUUCUAUUUUGGUGGUUUCAAAUGUGUCUACAACAAGGGAAAGGAUCCCGAACUAUGUAGAUAGAAAGUGUUCAUCUUCUCUCUAAACUUUUUUAUAAUAAAUAAAACUAAACAGAAUCAAAACUGAAAUUUUAUUUCUGUUGAUCCCAAGCCAAAAACACGGCUUUAUCAAGCUGCCUCCACACCCAGCCUUACAAUUCCCCACUUAAUUUGAAACUUUCUUCUGGAAAUAUAUUUUCUGCUUUCCUUUGAUCAUGAAAGUUCUCAUGAAAGUGAACAUUUAUACCCUCAGGAAAGUUCUACUAAAAGUACCAAGUAUGCUAUGUUGCUACUUGUCCGUGAUCAUGAUACAUGUCAAUUGUGCAAAAAAGAAAACUUGCUGAGUAUAAUUUCUUCAGUAUAUCUGAACUAAAGAUUGAUUCAAUAAACGAUUUUUAUUUGUGAGACGGAUAAGAGAAAGUCUUUUGGUGAAUGAGACAAUCCUCUGUCCUGUCCUCAGAGGGCAUGCGCAUGGAACGAAACCAUCCCUGCGCAUGCACCUUGACGACAGGACAGAGGACUGCCUUACACAUUUGAAGAUUUUGCUCGCUCGUCUCCCUCAACAAAUUUAAUAGGAAAAUUACAGCCGCCCAUAAUAUCUUUAUAAGCCUGUGCCGUCACGUUAAACAAUGCUGGAAACAUUUGAAUACCCAAAAAAAUUGUUAAAAUAUUUACUGUUUUUUUAAAAGGAUUAUGCAAAAUAAAUACCUCUACAACAGGAAUUUGGUGUUCUUUAUUCAGUAUCACAGUUUCAACUCCAUUAUCCUUCUGGCGAUCCAUGUGCAAAAAUAUAUGUCCGGACUGAGUGAACUGAGCACAAGCACAUAGCAGUAUCACUGUUAUCCCUAAUGAUCAAAAUGUUAAUAUUAUUCACAAUUUAAUUACAUCAAAUAACAAUGUUAGACGCACAAUUGAACUUAUCAUACUAAAAAGAAUCUCUAACCCGAUGUGUACUAUCGGAUACGAUACUGUUUGGAUCCGAUCCUGUGUGAACAGGGCUUUAAUCUCAAUAUCAAGAAUUAUACAAAUAUCAAUUUACAAUACGAUACGAUACGAUACGAUACGAUACGAUACGAUACGAUACGAUACGAUACGAUACGAUACGAUACGAUACGAUACGAUACGAUACGAUACGAUACGAUACGAUACGAUACGAUACUGUUUGGAUCCGAUCCUGUGUGAACAGGGCUUUAAUCUCAAUAUCAAGAAUUAUACAAAUAUCAAUUUACAAUACGAUACGAUACGAUACGAUACUGUUUGGAUCCGAUCCUGUGUAAACAGGGCUUUAAUCUCAAUAUCAAGAAUUAUACUAAUAUCAAUUUAUAAGAUAUGAUAUUUAUUUAUGAGUGAAUAUACGUCAAAGUUGCGUCGUAAGAGACAAUUGAAAUAUUAGUAUUAGUAUUAGCAAAUUGAGUAUUAUGUACAAUUCAAGAAAAUGUAUAACUUUAUCACUGUGUCAUUAAAUGAAAUUGAUUAUAUCCACUUUUGCUUGCCUCUAAAUAAAAGCUCUUAUGGCCAGGGCAAAAGUUACGAUUGGU